AUGCGGCAAAAUACCUGAGCCCGUAAUUAUUACCCCCGGAUUAAAUGUUUCUGAACCCUGGACUAUAGCAGCUACUGCUGUGUUGGCAGGACGCGGUAGCAUCAUGGAUACGGCAAUUUCUCAGUCCGUCCUUUCUUUGCUCAAGUCCAACUUAUAAUAAGCAACGGGUACUAUCCGGGUCAUAACACUAGCUGUCAACUUCCCAAACAACCAUGUCAGUAGCGCACGACCAGGUUUUGGGCCCCGAAUAUCAGACAAUUUUCGACCCAGACACAUGCACUCGCAGAGGUCUUUGUCCUGUAACACAACUACGCAGCCAGGAAGGUCCGUUUGAGAGUCACUCUUUGUACUAUGAGCAGCACGGCACCGGACCCGAGAAGAUCGUCUUUAUCAUGGGUGUUAAUAGCACAUCCUUCGGAUGGUUAUACCAGGUCGAACACUUCAGCAGACUUCCCCAGUACUCGGUACUAGUGCUCGACAAUCGUGGCGUGGGUAUGAGCGGAACUCCGAGAGGUCCAUACACAACGAGCGGCAUGGCUGAGGACGUCCUGGUAUUGCUCGACUAUCUGAAAUGGACCGAGGAACGUAGCGUUCAUAUUGUAGGCCUCUCGAUGGGCGGAAUGAUAGCACAAGAGCUCGCGGAUCGUAUACCCGAUAGAAUAACUUCCCUGAGCUUGAUUGUCACCACAGCAGGUUGUCAAUUCUGGCUGAAUGUGCCGCCUUUGAAAGGUUCUACGGCGAUGACAAGGCUAUUAAUGACAGGGGACCCUGACGUAAAGGUUCCCAUCGUAAUGGAUAUGCUGUAUCCUCAGCCGUGGCUAGCAAAGAAGGCUGAAGAUGACCCAGAGGGACGGACUAACUUAGAAGUUCAAUCUGCUUUUUACCAUCGGCGUCUGAAGAUCACCCGACCCCAAACACCUUUGGGUGCUUUGUCGCAGAUAUAUGCGGGGCUUACCCACUAUGUCUCGCCUGCACGGUUGCGCAAGAUAUCCUCAUCGAUACCUAAAGUUCUCAUCCUGACAGGCGACCAGGAUCACGUAAUACGUAGUUCUAACAGUCGUUAUCUACAUCGUCAUAUGCCUGAGGCCGAGUUUCAUUGCUGGGAAGGGACGGGACAUGGAAUCUCGGCGCAGUGGACGACGAGACUCAAUGAGCUCCUGGAGAAGACAUUUGAAGAAGGGAGGCUGUCAGUUGCAGUCGCUACUGUAGACACGAGUUGAAUUGUUGCCAUACGGUGUUACCAUAUGUGCAUAAUGCCUAUACCUAUAUUUCCCCUGAGACCAGUUAUUGAUGUAUUAUACCUGGCAGCCAUGAAGAAGGAACCUUCCAGCGGUGUA